UAAAUUAAUUUUAAUUUAUGUUUUUGUAACAUUAAUUAGUUUAGUCCAUUAAGCAAUCCCCAGUAUUAAUUACUCACCGUCUCUUUCUUCUUGUUUUUUCCUGGCGAAAGCAUUAACAAUUUGUCAGUAAUAUUAAUUUUUUCCCGUUUUAGUCUGUAGACAUUGCUAUUAAUUUAAUCUAGCAGAGCCAGAUUCAGGCAAGCCACAAAAAGAAAAAUAAUAAUAAGAACGAUAGACAUGCAAUUUGAGCUUGUCUUCAUACCAUAUCCGGGGAUCGGCCAUCUCAGGUCAGCCGUAGAGAUGGCUAAGCUACUGGUCAACCGAGACGACCGCCUCUCCAUCACCGUACUGCUCCUUCCUUCCCUUCCCGGCGGAGAAGUCGUUUCUACCGCCUACGUAGCAUCCCUUUCCGCUGCAUGCAUCAACCGUCUCCGCUAUGAAAUCAUAUCCGGCGAAAACACCGAUCAACCUACGAGGCUCGACAUCCACAUCGAGAAUCAGAAGCCAAAGGUGAGACUCGCCGUUUCAAAACUCGUCGACGACUACUCGAAGCUACCGGACUCGCCUCGUUUAGCCGGGUUCGUCGUCGACUUGUUCUGCACUUUGAUGAUGGAUGUGGCUAACGAGUUUAACGUCCCGAGCUAUCUGUUUUACACGUCCAGCGCAGGACUUCUCGGGCUAGGGUUUCACGUUCAGACACUGUGCGAUGAGAAUAGGUACGGUGUGAGUGAAAACGAUUACGAAGACUCUGAAGACGUGUUGCAUGUCCCGAGUUUGACUCGUCCUUAUCCGGUGAAGUGCCUUCCUCACGGCCUCGCGUGCAAAGAUUGGCUACCGAUCUUGGUAAAUCAAGCAAGAAGAUACAGAGAGAUGAAGGGUAUUUUGGUAAAUACCGCUGCCGAGAUUGAGCCUUAUACGUUGCGAGUUCUCAACUGUGGUGAUGCUCCUCCUAGUUAUCCAGUGGGGCCGCUUUUAGACCUCACCUCCAAGGAAGACAAAAAAGGAUCGGACAUUUUAGAAUGGCUCGACCAGCAACCACCUAGAUCGGUAGUGUUCCUCUGUUUCGGGAGCAUGGGUGGCUUCAGUGAGAAGCAAGCAAGAGAGAUCGCCGUGGCGCUCGAGAGAAGUGGGCAUCGUUUCCUCUGGUCUCUCCAACGAGCAUCUCCACCCGGAGAGUUCGAAAAUCUGGAGGAAGUUCUCCCGGAAGGAUUCUUUGAUCGGACAAAGCAGAUAGGUAAAGUGAUCGGUUGGGCCCCACAGGUUGCCGUGCUUGCUAAACCGGCGGUUGGAGGUUUUGUCACUCACUGUGGGUGGAACUCUACGCUGGAGAGUCUAUGGUUCGGCGUUCCGACCGCAGCGUGGCCGUUGUACGCUGAGCAGAAGUUCAACGCUUUUGAGAUGGUGGACGAACUUGGACUAGCCGUGGAGAUAAGGAAGUAUUGGCGCAACGAUCGUUCCGUGGAGUUAGUGACGGCGGAAGAGAUAGAGAGAGCAAUCAAGUGUUUGAUGAAGCAGGAUAGCUAUGUGAGGAAGAGAGUGAAGGAGGUGAGUGAGAAAUGCCAUGCUGCCCUAAUGGAUGGUGGGUCAUCUCAAACUGCCUUGAACAACUUCAUUCAAAAAGUGUUUGAGAAUAUCUCGUUACAAGGAUAGUUAGAGAAUGUGUGUGUGUGUGUGUGUCUUACCGUCUCGAGGGUGUUUGAGAUAGGUAGACCCAUGUUAUGACGUUCCUUUAUAAAUUUGCAUGUGUAUGUGUGUCGUUCCGUCUUGAGUGGUCACAAAUGGUUUUGGUUAGGGCAUAUAUGAUGAGAACAAUGGUAUUUAGUUCUUCGGCUUAAAGGGAUCCACAUCCACCAAGUCCACAGGUGUAUCUCUUUAU